CUUUUUGCGGCAUGGGAAACGUUAUUUAAACGUUAGUUUAUUAAAAUUAGAAACUUUGCGUCUUGCGAACCCAAAGAGUUUGACGGAUUUGUGAUGUGACCAAAUGAUAGAUUCUGAAUGAUUAAACAUCAUAAAAUUCUGUGCUGCUCUUGGGUUAUUUACAAUUAUCGUUCGAUUGGUUGUUGCGAUCCCCUGCCAUUAUAGUCAAACUCUGCGGAAUCAGUGUGUUGAUGACAUCAGAUGAGUAACCGGAAAUUAUUAAAACAAGCUGGUCGAGAUGUGGAACUGGAAGAACCUACUAACCCUAUAUUGACACCUUUAUUUGUCAGUGACAGCAAGGGAAAGUACAUACGAGCAGUUAACACGAGUUCAAACUUUGACAGAAAAAUUAAUUGGGUUUGUAAAGGAGGCUUGACGUCUGCGGCUGCAUUGAGGUGGCUGUCGAACAAUAUCGACAACAAAAUUAGCAAACUUGAAUCCUGGCCAAAGGUUGUACCAAAAGAUGCUUCUGGGUUGCUUAAAUUCUCUGAUUUUUUGAAGCAGUGUCUUACAGCAAUGAGUAGUGUUCCAAGCUUAAGUGUUUUGAAUGAUAGCCGGGAAAAUCAAAAAAUGUUGUCCAAGUUGCCUGAAUGGCUAGUUAUAAGGUGGAACAGAAUUGCAGCCACAUCGAAGGAAGAACUGAGGGUGUUCCCCUCCUUUAAGCAGUUUGUUGACUUUGUUUCGAAGGAAGCAAAGAUAGCUUCGGACCCAGUUACUUCUGUCUUUUACGUCAAGGGUAAUCUCAGUUCUGCUAGUGACAAGGUUGGAAAAUACACACCUAGACAAGCUAAGGCUUCUACCAGUCCUGGUUGUCGUUCCUAUCUUUCGAAUACACAGUCGACUACAUAUCAAGGUUCACGUCAGUCUCAGAAUGUUUGUCCUUUAUGUCAAAGGCACCAUGGUCUUGAUGUUUGUUUUUCCUUUCUGAAAAAGUCGGUAGUUGAUAGAAAGGCCUUCGCAUUGGAAAAGAAACUGUGUUUUGGUUGCUUACAGAAAGGCCAUGUAUCUAAAAGUUGCAGACAACGGUUAAAAUGUAAAGUUUGUUCUAAGAAUCACCCUAGCUCUCUACAUGGUGACAAACUUACCCAGAGUGAUUCCAGGAAGACUGGCAGCGAAAAUGGUAAUGGUGAUGUCAACAAGGAGAACGCAGUUACAGGUACACCUGUACAGGCUGGACACUCAGGUGCUGCGUUCUUAAGCAACAUAGGCCAGAUCAGUAAGUGUUCAAUGAUUCUACCUGUGUUUGUAUCGCAUUGCGACAAUCCUGAUAGGGAGGUUCUUGUAUAUGCUUUAUUGGACACUCAGUCAGAUACCACCUUUUUGUUAGAUGGUACCCGCAGUGCUUUGGGUCUUUCUGGGGUUGACGUUAAAUUGUCACUAUCGACUCUGCAUGCCGAGAACAAAAUAGUGAACAGUCAAAAGUUGAAGGGUCUACAAGUUAGAGGUUUCUAUGACUACACCCAUAUAACCUUACCUGAUACCUAUACAAGGGAGAUAAUGCCAGCCAAUCGUGCACACAUUCCAACACCCGAUCAUGCUAAGUUCUGGCCACACUUAAAAUGCAUUUCUGACUGCUUACCACCUCUGCAAGAGGCAGAGAUAGGUUUGUUAAUUGGAUAUAAUUGCCCACAAGCUCUAGUCCCUCGGGAAGUUAUAACUCCUGUUGGUAAUGGUCCUUUCGCUCAAAAGACAGAUUUGGGAUGGACAAUAGUUGGAACAAUUGAUUUAAACUGCGUUGAAGAUGACUCAAUCGUCUCGAGUCACCGUGUUCUCUGUUGCGAAGUUCCUUCGGCUCUAUCAGUAAGUGAUAGUCAGAAAGAAGUUGUCCUGUUCUCACUGCGUACUAAGGUCAAGGAGGUUGUGUCCAGUGACAUUUUGCGAAUACUUGACCGUGAGUUUUGCGAUUCUGGGGAAAUGUGCAACAAACUGUCUCAGGAAGAUCAGCUCUUUGUGUCGAAGCUGUCCAAAGGUAUCUGUUUUCAGGAUGGUCAUUAUGUUAUGCCACUUCCUUUUAAGAGAGCUGAUCCAGUUCUUCCGAAUAACAAGUCCAUGGCUUUGAAAAGGGUGAAAUCUCUGAGACAAAGACUGAAAAGAGACUCAACAUUCUGUCAACACUACUCCCAAUUUAUGAAGGAGCUGAUUAGUAAUGGCCAUGCUGAAAGGGUCCCCGAGUCAGAUCUUAAUUCGAAUAAGACCACUUGGUUUAUUCCACAUCAUGGAGUGUAUCACCCUCAGAAACGUGAUAAAAUUCGGGUGGUUUUUGAUUGCAGCGCAACGUUUGAAGGCGAAAGCUUGAAUGCACAUCUACUUCAAGGCCCUGACUUGACCAAUAAACUUGUGGGAGUCCUUUGCAGGUUCAGAAAGGAGCCGGUGGCUUUGAUGUGUGAUGUUGAAAAAAUGUUUCACCAAUUCAAGGUUUGUAAGGCCCAUAGAGAUUAUCUUAGGUUUCUUUGGUUGGAGGAUGACGACUUUGAAAGGUUCCCUACAGAAUUUAGAAUGACUGUUCAUUUAUUUGGAGCAACUUCCUCCCCAGGUUGUGCUAACUUUGGAAUGAAGAAGAUGGCUUCUGACAAUGAAGAACAGUUUGGGUCUAACAUAGCUAACAUGGGUCACAUCAUAAGGCAUGAUUUUUAUGUUGAUGAUGGGUUGAGGUCUGUAUCUUCUGUUCCUGAAGCUGUCAAUUUGGUUAAGAAGAGUACUGAGUUAUGCAGUAAGGCUGGUCUUAGGCUCCACAAGUUUGUCUCUAAUUCUAAGGUUGUGAUACAGUCCCUUCCUUCUGAAGCUCGAGCUAAAGAUCUCAAAAAUGUUGACUUGAUUGGUGAUAACUUACCUGUUCAGAGAACCUUGGGAGUCCUUUGGUGCUUAGACUCUGAUACAUUUCAGUAUGAGAUGGUCUCAAACAAUCGCCCUCUCACAAGAAGGGGUAUCUUAUCUACAGUCAGUUCGAUAUACGAUCCUCUUGGUUUUAUAUCUCCAGUGGCUUUAUCCGGAAAGCAAAUUCUGCAGCAGAUGUGUGCAGACCAGGUGGGUUGGGAUGACCCCUUACCAGAAAGUCUAAAUGGCAAGUGGGUGAAGUGGUGUGCUGACCUGAAGAAUCUUCCUCUUUUGAAGUUUCCAAGAUGUGUUAAGCCUGAAGGUUUUGGCAAAAACAGAAUUACUGAGAUGCAUCAUUUUUCCGAUGCAAGUAGCUAUGGGUAUGGGCAGUGCUCCUAUAUUCGUUUGGUGACUGAUGUUGGCCAGGUGCAUUGUGCGUUAUUAAUGGGCAAAUCUCGUGUUGUACCUUUAAGACCCAUCACAAUACCACAUCUUGAAUUGACAGCAGCUGUGUUGUCAGUUAAAAUUUCCUCGCUUUUGGAUCAAGAACUUGAGUUCCCAAACCUUAAACACUUUUUCUGGACCGAUAGUAAGGUUGUACUGGGAUAUAUUUGCAACGAAGCAAGGAGAUUUCAUAUAUUCGUCGCUAACAGAGUUCAGCAAAUCAAAGAGCAUACAAACCCUAACCAAUGGAAUUAUGUUGCCUCUGGUGAAAAUCCUGCGGAUUUGGCUUCUCGAGGUGCAUCUGUAGCAGAGCUAGCUAAGACCCCUAUGUGGCUCAAUGGUCCAGAAUUUCUCUGGAAGCAGGAUGCAAUUUCAGCAAAUAUCGGUGCACAGUUUUCAGUAUGUCCUGAUGACCCAGAGUUAAAACAUGUUCAGGCAUUUUUGUCAAAUGCAAAACCACCCUGCUUCAGUUCGUUGUUGGAACGGCUUGAGUACUUCUCUGAUUGGCACAGGUGUAAACGAGCGGUAGCAUUGGUGCUUAGGUACAAGGGAAAAUUGUUGCAAAAAUCAGGGAAGUUGCAAACUACUGGUGUGGAGAAACGUUCAUUACAUUAUAGUCCCGUUACUGUAAAUGAACUACAGAAGGCCGAGACUGAAAUCUUUAAGGCUGUCCAGUUGUAUGAUUUCAAGGGUGAGGUUGAUACACUGAAGACUCAUAAUAUAGUUAGAGUUUCUAAUGACAGGGCAGAACAGUCAUUAAGAACUAAGACCCUAAAGGGAAGGUCAAACCUGUGUUCCUUAGAUCCGUUCCUUGACAAAAAUGGCUUAAUUCGUGUAGGUGGUCGUGUUCAACAUGCCGAAAUAUCAGAUCUGGUGAAGUUUCCAGUUGUACUUCCUAGAAAGGGUCAUAUAACAGAGCUUGUUAUACGGCAUUAUCAUGACAAGGUUCAACAUCAGGGUCGCGGAAUGACCACAAAUGUUAUUCGGAAUAAUGGACUCUGGAUUAUUGGUUGUAGUUCGGCAGUUUCUCAUGUGAUUUUGAAAUGUGUUGUUUGUCGUAGGUUACGGUGUUCCUUUGAAGGUAAAAAAAUGGCCGACUUGCCAUCUGACCAUCUAGAACCAUCUCCCCCAUUCACGUAUUGCGCAGUAGACUAUUUUGGUCCAUUUUAUGUUAAGGAAGGGCGAAAGGAAAUGAAGCGCUAUGGGGUUCUGUUCACUUGUCUAACUUGCAGGGCAGUUCACGUUGAAACGGCUACGUCCUUAGAAACUGAUUCAUUCAUAAACUGUUUAAGACGGUUCAUUGCAAUUAGGGGUCCGAUUCGUCAGCUUCGUUCUGACAGAGGCACUAAUUUUAUAGGUGCUGAAAACGAAUUAAAGAGCUCACUUGCAGAAUUACCAGUAGAUAACGACCAAAUAAAACAGUUCUUAUUAAGGGAAGGUUGUGACUGGUUCGAAUGGAAAAUGAAUGUCCCUGCUGCUAGCCACAUGGGCAGCGUGUGGGAGCGUCAGAUUCGUUCUGUAACUUUCAGACAAAUGAUAUGUAUUGCAAGCGUCGAUGGCGUAGAGUUCAGUUUUUACUGA